AUCAUUAUUUGUUUCCAGGGAUAACCCAAAAAAAUUGUUUUGUGGCUUCAAGACCUGAUUUACUUUUCCUGCUUGUUUUGAAUCAUGGGUAUCGAGAGGGACAUGGGACCUGGGGCAAAGGUUUUGCUCUUGUCAAAUUCCACGAUGCAUGGCGAGAAUUAUUUGGCAUACGCCGAACCUCACAUCAAGGACUUCUUCAAGAAAUGCAAUGUGGAUCGCGUGUUGUUUAUCCCGUAUGCGCUGAAUGACAUGGAUGGAUAUGCCGAGGUUGCGAAGAAGGCUUUUCUACGAAUGGGCAUUGAACUGGACAGCAUUCACACGUUUUCGGAUCCGCAUUGGGCUGCCGAAAAGGCCACAGGCUUCUUUGUUGGCGGUGGGAACACGUUUUUGCUCCUCAAAAGGCUUUACGAGGCGGACAUCAUGGAUAUAAUUCGUCGUCGAGUCCUUCAGAACGGAAUUCCGUAUGUGGGAAGCAGUGCAGGGACGAAUGUGGCGACAGUGAGCAUUAAUACUACGAAUGACAUGCCGAUUGUUCAGCCACCGAGUUUCCAAGCCAUUGGAUUGGUACAUUUCAACAUUAAUCCGCACUACGUCGACCCUGAUUUGUCGUCCAAGCACAUGGGGGUAAGGGCGAGUUGAUGAGAUUCACUGGUCAACGAAAUCC